CUUCCGGUCCUGCGCGUUGUCAUCUCGUCCCUCGUCCGGCUCGCUUCGGCGGGGAUGCUGCAAGAAGCGAUGGAGUUCAAGUCCCCCAAAGACACUCGAGCGUCGGCCGGGGUUUGAGAGAUAAAACGCGGACGCCGACCGGAUACGAAGCCAUUAAGACAAUUAAAACAAAGAUUUUGGAGAUGAAGCUACUGAAGCCGAGCUGGGUCAGCCACAACGGCAAACCCAUCUUUUCUGUUGACAUUCAUCCGGAUGGAACCAAAUUUGCAACCGGCGGGCAAGGGGAGGACUCGGGGAAGGUGAUGAUCUGGAACAUGGCGCCUGUCCUCCGCGAGGAAGAUGAGAAGAAUGAGAACGUCCCCAAAAUGCUUUGCCAGAUGGACAAUCACCUUGCAUGCGUGAACUGCGUGCGCUGGUCCAACAACGGGCUGUACCUUGCAUCCGGAGGGGACGACAAAUUGGUGAUGGUGUGGAAACGAGCUGCGUUCAUCGGUCCGAGCACGGUUUUUGGCUCCAGCAGCAAACUGGCCAAUGUGGAGCAGUGGAGAUGCGUCACCAUUUUGAGGAACCACACUGGAGAUGUCAUGGAUGUGGCCUGGUCUCCCCACGACGUGUGGCUGGCGUCGUGCAGCGUGGACAACACCAUCGUCAUCUGGAAUGCGCGCAAAUUCCCCGAGAUGGUGACGUGCCUGCGCGGCCACACGGGCCUGGUCAAGGGCCUGACGUGGGACCCCGUGGGCAAGUACAUCGCCUCGCAGGCCGACGACCACAGCCUGAAAGUGUGGCGGACCCUCGACUGGCAGAUGGAAGCCAACAUCACCAAGCCUUUCAGCGAGUGCGGCGGCACCACCCACGUCCUGCGUCUGUCGUGGUCCCCCGACGGCCAGUACCUGGUGUCGGCGCACGCCAUGAACAACUCGGGGCCCACGGCGCAGAUCGUCGAGCGCGACGGCUGGAAGACCAACAUGGACUUUGUGGGCCACAGGAAAGCUGUCACGGUGGUGAAAUUCAACCCCAAGAUCUUCAAGAAGAAGCAGAAGAACGGCAGCUCCUCCAAGCCCAGUUGUCCGUACUGCUGCUGCGCCGUGGGCAGCAAGGACCGCUCGCUCUCUGUCUGGCUGACCUCCCUCAAGCGGCCCCUGGUCGUCAUCCACGAUUUGUUUGACAAAUCCAUCAUGGACAUCUCCUGGACUCUGACAGGCUUGGGCAUGUUGGUGUGUUCCAUGGACGGCACGGUGGCCUACUUGGACUUUUCACUGGACGAACUGGGAGACCCCCUGAGCGAGGAGGAGAAGAACACCAUCCACCAGAACAUCUACGGCAAGAGCCUGGCCAUCACCAGCACGCAGGAGCCGCAGCUGGCCACCACCAUCAUCGAGAACCCCGAGAUGCUCAAGUACCAGCAGGAGAGGCAGAACACGGCCCAGAACAACUCGGCGGCGGCCUGCGCCGAUUCCUCGGCGCCCAAGCUCAACAGCGUGAUGAACGGAGAGUCUCUGGAGGACAUCAGGAAGAACCUGCUGAAGAAGCAGGUGGAGACCCGAACCCCCGACGGCAGAAGACGGAUCACGCCUCUGUGUAUCGCUCAGCUGGACACCGGGGACUUCUCGCCGGCGCUCUUCAACAGCGUCCCCAUCCUGCCGUCCUCCUUGUCCAACCAGCUGCCCCCUCAGCUCGGCGCCGACCCCGCCCCGGGACAGGCGGGGCUGCGGCCCGGCCUCGACGCCGCGCUCGCCCUGCCGCCGCCGCCCGCCAACGCGACCCUCAAGGGCCCCGAGGACACCAAGGACCAGGUCCUCCCGUCGGGCGUCAAGGCCGGUCUGCUGCUGGCAUCCGCCUCCAAGAUCGAGCCCAUGAAGGCCUUGGACUCCAGGUUCACGGAAAGAUCCAAGACCACGCCGGGCGUCCCCGCCGCCAUCUCCUCGACGGUCGGUCUGCCGCCGCUCGACAGGCCCAAAGACGCGUCGGCGUCCGUCCUGAAGGACGCCAAGGCCAAAGACGACACCAGCAGCGACAGCGAGGACAAGAUGGCCUCCAUCAACAAGAACCUGGCUCUGUGCAAGCGCAAACCCGAGCCGCUGAUGUUGGACGCGGCCGAGGUGGUGGAGAAGCGCAAGAAGGGGCGGCCUCGCAAGGACAAAAUGGCGCCGCCCAUCAUAAGCCAGUCCUUCACGCAGAUCAUUUCUCCUCCUGAGCGGGAGCCCAUCAGGGCGCCGUCCGUGGCGGCGCCGCCCACUCCGGCGCCGACGGCCGCCCCCAAGCUGCCGACGCCCGGCUUACAGAAGGCCUUCAACGUGCAGGUGAGCGUGGAGCCGGCGGUCUUCCUGGAGGUGGACAACGAGGUGACGUCGGCGGCCGGCUCCAGGCUCAGUCAGCUGCGGUGCUCCCGAGACGGCCGCGAGUGGAACACGCUGCUGCCCGGAUCCGUGGUGGCGGCGGCGGGGAGCGGCGAGGUUCUGGCCGUGGCGUGCCAGGACGGGAUGUUGUCGGUGUUCUCGUCCUGCGGCCGCCGCCUCCUGCCAUCCAUCCAGUUGCCGUCGGCCGUGUCCGCCCUCAACUGCUCGGCCCACUUCGUCAUGGCGCUGACGGCCGCCGCCACGCUUUCUGUCUGGGACGUCUACAAGCAGAAGGCUCUGGUCAAAAACGAGUCCCUGACCGCCAUCUUGUCUGGUUCGGAGGUGACGGUGUCGCAGUCGCUGCUGACUCAGCAGGGCGUCCCGGUCGUCGGCCUGUCCAACGGCAAGUCCUUCUGCUUCAGCUCAUCCCUGGAGACGUGGACGCUGAUCGCCGAUCGAGGAGAUUGUCUGGUCCAGUGCGCCGAUUUCCGCAGUUGCCUCCCUACCCAGGAUGGACCCGGCUGCUCCUCGGGGCUUCUGGCCACCCUGCAAGGACGCAAUCUCAACGCCGGCCGCAUGGCGUCGCGCCUUGCGGCCGCCCCGCACCGCCUGCAGCAGAGCAUGACUUUGGCCUUCCUGGAGAACCAGCUGGCGGCGGCUCUCGCGCUGCGCUCGGCGGCCGAGUAUCGCUACUGGCUGCUCAUCUACGCGCGCUUCCUCGUCAACGAAGGCUCCGACUUUCGGCUGCGGGAACUUUGUAAGGAGCUCCUGGGUCCCGUUCACAAGUCGGCCGCGACGGCCUGGGAGGCCACCACGCUGGGUUUGCACAAGCGGGAGCUGCUGCAGGAGGUCCUGCCCGUCAUCGGAGAAAACCUGCGAUUCCAAAGACUGUUCACCGAGUAUCAGGACCAGCUGGAGCAGCUACGCAACAAAUAGCGGGCACCUUUGCGUUUGGCUCUCUCUCCUCCACUUGGGACUCUGCCCCCCCCCCCCCCCCCCCCCCACGAACGGGUGACGUCGGAGCUCGUCGCCCUGUCAAAAUCAGCGCUUCGCCGGGAAGCUUCUUCGUCCUCGUCUAUGCACCGAUCGUCAUCUCGAGCGCCACGCGCUUGAGCCAAAAGCGACGAUGACUUUUGAGUGUGGAGGGGGCGUCCGCACUUGUGCCAGUCAUGAGCGGAACUCUCAUUCUCUGAAGACCAUUCUCUGAACCCCCCCCCCCUGCCCCCCCCAACUCUUUUCACCCUAAUUAUGGCGCCUUUUGUCUUUCUCCCCAAGUGUGACUUGUGUCCAUAUCGGGUGCAGAUGCAUCUGGAAGCGCUGCGAACUCGUCCCAAGCAAACGCAAGCGCGUCCAAAUCGGCUGUUGAAUGUCACGCGAACGUAUCACAAAGAGUUGACACCCCCACGCCGAGUUUGAACUCUUCAUGUCCAUGGCGGGUGCGAAGACGCCCCGACGUCCACCCGAAGCCAUUUUUUUAAAAAAGUCAAAACGUCCGCCGUGCGCGUCUGUUAUCAAGUAGUCGACGAAGGAAGUAAACCGCCGCCACUGACGAGCAGUAACGGCGCGCCCUCCUAUCGCCGAAAGUCUGCCCCCCCCCCCUCAAUGAAGGACAAGCGCUCUGGAAAAUGAACACAUUGAGACGGACGGGCUCCUGUUUUAGAGGAGCCGAGUCAUCCCGACCUUGUCUUUCUUUUUUUUUUUUGUGUCGACCGUGACAAUUGACUUGUUUUGGUGGGUCAGUUCACACGUGACCGGCAAUGACACCCCCCCCCCCCCCCCCACUUGCCCCCCGCCCCCCAGUGUACUUGUGUGAAUAACACCACCUUUGACUUUUUUUUUUUUGGUGCCUCAUCCGUAACAAUCGCAACAGUUUGAUUUGUUGUGUAGUUUGUGAAUGUGUGUGUUUGUAAGGGGGUUGGGGGUUGGGGGGGGGGGGGACAAAGCAAGAGUCCUUUUUAAAUGUUUGUACAUUUUUUUUUGUAUUUGGAACAACAAGCAAAAAAAAAGAAUUGAAGUAUUGC